UGCAUUCGUGCCAACUCCGCUCUCUCACCCGGGCCGCGGUGCGAGAGAUAAAGACCACCGACUCAUUCGGCUACUGAGGGGCGUGUGUGAAGCAAACGCGUGGUCAGCUGGCUUUUUUCUAUUAAUUCGAUUGGUUAAAGGUUGUUACGCUUCCUCCUGGAGCUGCUAUCCAAUGAAAACCAGACAUCUGUUCGGAAACGAGAGGAGACCAUCAGCAGCAUUUGGGGCUUGCAAGGGUGUUUUUUUUUUUAGCAAGCUGAAAUGACAACCCUGUCGAUGCUUUUGAUGGCCGUAUCGGUGGCAUCAAUAUUUGCUGAGUCCUCCAUUUAUUUCCGAGAACAAUUUGAAGAUGGGGAUGCCUGGAAAAGCCGAUGGUUGGAAUCUAAACACAAGUCAGACUAUGGGAAUUUUGUUCUCACUGCUGGGAAAUUCUAUGGAGAUGUUGAGAAAGACAAAGGACUUCAAACCAGCCAAGAUGCUCGCUUUUACUCUGCAUCCUCCCGCUUUGAGUCCAUCAGCAACAAAGACCAGCCUCUGGUAAUCCAGUUUACUGUGAAACAUGAACAGAACAUUGACUGUGGUGGAGGCUACAUCAAGCUUUUCCCAGCUGAUCUCAACCAGGAGGAAAUGCAUGGAGAAUCCACAUACAACAUCAUGUUUGGUCCAGACAUCUGUGGUCCAGGUACUAAGAAAGUUCAUGUGAUCUUCAACUACAGAGGCAAUAAUCACUUGAUCAACAAAGACAUAAGAUGCAAGGAUGAUGAAUAUACCCACCUGUACACACUAGUAGUCAAUCCGGAUAACACCUAUGAGGUGAAGAUCGACAACAAGAAAGUGGAGUCUGGAAGCCUAGAGGAGGACUGGGACUUCCUUCCCCCCAAGAAGAUAAAGGACCCUGAUGCUGAGAAGCCAGAUGACUGGGAUGAGAAAGAGCACAUUGAUGAUCCUGAAGACAAGAAACCAGAGGACUGGGAUGUGGCUGAGACCAUCCCUGACCCUGAUGCCAAGAAGCCUGAUGACUGGGACGAUGAGAUGGAUGGUGAAUGGGAGCCUCCCAUGGUCACGAACCCUGACUAUAAGGGGGAGUGGAAGCCCAAACAGAUUGACAAUCCUGCCUACAAGGGGAAAUGGGUGCACCCUGAAAUUGACAACCCUGACUAUACUGCUGACCCUGAAAUCUACCAAUAUGCCAGCAUGGGGGUGAUUGGAUUAGAUUUGUGGCAGGUGAAGUCAGGGACUAUUUUUGACAAUUUUCUCAUCACCAAUGACCCAAAGCUUGCAGAACAAGUGGGGAACGAGACAUGGGGUGCAACAAAGGACCCUGAAAAGAAGAUGAAGGACAGUCAGGAAGAGGAGGAGAGAAAGAAACGGGAUGCAGAAGAGAUUAAUAAAAAGGAGGAAGAAGAGGAUGAGGGAGAAGAGGAUGAAGAAACUGACUCUAAACACAAAGAUGAGUUAUGAACUCAAACAGGAACUUCUGAAAAGGAACCCUGUCCAUCAUGAUCCAUUGGCGCAAGGCUGAAGACGGGGCUUUUUUGGCCUUUCCGUUAAUGACUGACGCUUCUCCCCCAAAACAAAUGGGUAGCUAUUGUUUUGUUUACAUGACAAGGGAAGGGGCAAAAACUAAGGACAUCAAUUAUUUGUUUCCAUGUGAUAUUGAUAAACUAUGGGAGUUCAGAUUUGUUAAGGUUGACGAUUUCUUGUUAGAUUUGAGACCACUUUUUUUUUUAAGCAGUGACAUGCCAGUAAUUGUUUUCAGAGAUGAGAUUCAAAAUGUUGUAAACGUCACUUUCAAAAACAAUGUUCUUCUGCUAACUACAUGAAGUAUAUUGACCGUCUAAAAUUUCCUGACAAUGUUUACCUCAAAAUGCAUUUUGUUUGUCUGAUUUAAUCUGACACAUUUUUUUGAGUCUGUGCUACCCGAUGUCUGGUAAGUGUUUGUACCCCAAACGUGUGUAUGUAUGUAUAUGUGUGUGUGUAUAUAUAUAUGUAUGUAUGUGUAUAUAUAUAUAUCUCACCUGUUUUGGAUAUGGUGUGAAAGUCUACUGAUUUAUUAUUUUCAGCACUCAUGGGGUCACUCUGUGUAUUGGGUAGGCAGAGUUUUCACUAACUACUCAAGCUACCUUAAAUCAAAUGCCUCUAUUUUCUAAAUUGAAAAUAACAAAGAUGAUCAGACUGCAUAUGUACAGCUGUUAAGAUAUUCUAAAGCAGUAAGCAGGAGGGUCUGAUGCCUGUCCAUUGAUAUGUUCUUCUUGGGGGAAAUGUUGAGUUUUUUUUAAAUAUUGUAAUUGUUUUUCCCUCUGUUUUUUAAUGCCAAUGUUUCUGCACUAAAUACUUGUCCCAAUGCUGAUUGGCAGUUGACCCUGUUGUGAAACAUUUUAUACUAUGUAUGGGGAGGCUGUUUUAAUUUUAUUGUGGAAGAAAGAAGUUCUGAGAGAUUAUUCUCCAAUAAUGAAACAUAAAGGAAGUGACUCAA